GAACUUCACCCGGGUGCUCUCCUCCCUCAUAUCCCCCGUGGAAACAGCCCAGCGAGGAAAGUUUGCCUGGGCAAAGCCCCCUUCACCCAACUGCGUGAGCGCCUGUCCGGAGCGAGCAGUGCCCCGCUGCGCUCCCGCUGCUUCGCGCUGGCUCUUGCCGGGGAUUUGCCUUUUCCCCGGCCCCCGGGAAGCGAGUGCGGUUACAGCGGGGCCCUUCCUCCCUUCUCCUCUUCUCCCUUUCUCCCUUCCUUCCUCCCUUCCACCCGCCGCCGCCCGCUCUCCGCCUCGAGGCGCGAUUUCCCCGCCGCUCGCCGUGCCCCCGGCGGGCCGCGCGUCUCCAAUCAGCGGCCGGCCGCUAAUUCCGGGGGGCCUCGCCCCGCUCCGCUUAAAAGAGCGGGGCCGCGCCGCUCGCCAGGAUCGCGGCAGCCCCUCCCGAGGGCUUCCCCGGCCCCCCCCAGCCCCUCGCCCCGGGGAUUGGCCCGGCAGCGGCGUUAACAGCGGGGGGCCGCCCCCCCGCCCCGGGACACAGCGGCUCGGUCCCCGCCGGCCCGCAGCAGCAGCCCCCGAUGGCCGGCCGCCUGACCUGCUGCUGCUGCCUCCUGCUCUGGGCCCUGCGCCUUCCCCCCGCCGCCGGGGGAAGCGCCGCCGGCCGGCCCCCCGCCUGCCCCGCCGGCAGAGCCCCCCGUGGGGGCUCCCCGCCGCUGCCCCCCGCACUGGGCGGCCUCGCCCAGGACAUGGUCGCUGUCCACAUGCUUAAGCUCUACGAGAAGUACAACCGGCACGGGAGCCGCCCCGGGGACGGCAACACGGUGCGCAGCUUCAAAGCCACGCCAGAAUUCUUGGCCCAGAAGCCACUGUACUGCUUCAACCUGACAUCCAUGCAGGAUUCGGAGAUGAUCCUUGCUGCCACAUUUCACUUCUAUGCUGACAAACGCCCUCGGCACCGGGAAGUGUUUUGUAAGCGGUCCAAGAACUCAUCCUGCCGCCUCCUUCACCUGCCUCCCAUCCUGCGUUUCAACCUCAUUUUCCAAACCAUCCCCCAGAAUUCUGCCUAUGGACUAGUGAAAGGGAACAUCACCGUGUUUCUUCAAAGGCGAGGGGCUUGGCAUGCAAAGGACAUCUCGCACAUCAUAAAAGAAUCAAAACGGGCUGCAGAGCUCAUCCUCUGCGCUGAGCUUGAUUCUGGAGAGAAGCACCAGGGCUUUCCCGAACAGGUCACCAGCCAUUUGCCUUAUAUUCUGGUUUAUGCCAAUGACCUUGCAAUCUCUGAACCCAACAGUGUGGCCGUCACCCUACAGCGUUAUGACCCCUUCCCCUCCAGUGAUGGGGACCAAAACCUGUCACAUAAUGCUUCUACUGAUACCCGAGUGAGAAGGGACACAUACCUCUCUAGCUCUAUACAGAACAAUGAGUUGCCAGAGGUAGAGUAUAACAACAACAAAUACAACAAACAUGACAUAUGGGAGAAUGCCUACAAGUCCUUGAAACCAAAAGGCUCACGCAAAGACCGAAGGAGAAAAGGGCAAGAAAACACAGAAACACUUGCAAAGUCUCAGGUGCUAAAUUUUGAUGAGAAAACAAUGAAGAAGGCAAGGCGAAAACAAUGGAAUGAGCCACGGAUUUGUUCAAGAAGAUACAUGAAAGUUGACUUUGCUGACAUUGGCUGGAAUGAAUGGAUCAUAUCUCCCAAAUCAUUUGAUGCCUACUACUGUGCAGGGACAUGUGAAUUUCCAAUGCCUAAGGUUGUCCGACCAUCAAAUCAUGCUACAAUCCAGAGCAUCGUAAAAGCAGUGGGAAUCAUUCCCGGCAUCCCAGAGCCCUGCUGUGUUCCUGACAAAAUGAGCUCCCUCAGUGUCCUGUUCUUAGAUGAGAACAAAAACGUUGUUUUGAAGGUAUAUCCCAAUAUGUCGGUGGAAACCUGUGCCUGCCACUAAGUUCAUACAAACACAUCUCUACAAGACCUACCUACCGGUCCUGCCUGACCACACUGGGAAAGUUGUGAAUGGGAGAUGAAUCCACUUGUGUUGAUGCCAACAAUUCAUCUACAAUCCCUGCAAUUCCUCUACAGAAAGCAUGAGGAGAGGUUAAAACGAUACCCGUGCUCACCUGGAAGGAUAUGUCUUACGAUCGUCAUCUGUCUUGUAUAUUUACCUUCCAGGAGUUCAGUGCUUUUACAAGUAUCUUCCUAACCCACCUAGCCAAGAAACAUGGUAUUUAGUGAGAAAUUUAAAUGUAAAGUUUUCCAUAAUCAAAGGACUAAAAUAUGUUUUUAUACACUAUUUUUACUGACUAUUUUAUCUCUUCAGUUAACCAAGGAGAUGGGAAAUGAAUUUGCAAAGGCAGGCUUGUUUUAGAAUAUCACUUUUGUAAACAGAUCGAAACUUUGCCUAAAACACUCAUUCUCUUAAUCUGCAUAUUUAUACUGAAAAAUGCUGUAAUAAAGGGCUUAAUAUGUAUAUUUUCUUCAGGAUGCAAGUAUAGUGCACUGUAUAAGCUUUCAUAUAUACAGUAUGAUAAUACAGCCAUUUUGGUUACCCUUCCCUAAUAUAUAAUUUGUUCUACAAAAGACAUAUAUAAUAUCCCACAAUUUUGGUUUGCUGGAUAUAAUUUCAGGUUGUUAAACAUAUGCUCUGAGUAACACCUACUAUAUAGUAAUAUGUUGAAAUACUAAAAAUAAAAUAACCAAGAUUUAUAUUUUUGUAAAUUAUACUUUAUAUCCUCUAGAUUGUUACAUGCUUUUAACAAAAGCUAAUAAAUUAAAGGUACAGUAGUAUCUAAAAA